AUGCAUGUCAACAAGGAUUUUAUUGCCACAAUCAACGAAUCGAAUGAGGCUUUUAAGGGGGUAUCGUUCAAAGCAUCGCGUGAUCCUACGAUCGACGUCCGUCUCGGAGAUGUUAUGCGAUUUGUGUGCCCGGACAACUCGGAAGGUGGUCGAGCGGAAUAUCUCAUCGUGUAUGAAGUCAGCGAGCUGGCUUAUAGCGAGUGCAUUAUCGAAUCGACGUCGAGAGAAGUGCUCAAUUGUGGCCAAGAAUCGAUAAAAUUUCCACCGAAGAGCACUUCUCAACUGAUUAGACAGUUCAAUCCGAUUCCGAGUGGAAAGGAAUUCCAGCCUGGACAGACUUAUUACUAUAUUACCACUUCUACCGGGAAACUUGAUGGAAUCGACAAGAUCAAUCGCGGAUUGUGUCUCAGCGCGAAUAUGAGACUUGCCUUGAAAGUUUCUCCGGCGGCUCCAAUUUUCCCUUCGAGACCAAUCGUUCCUAGAAUUGAGAAGCCGGAAAGUGACGAAGAUGAAGAUUCCGAAAAUGACUCGCAAUUGCUUCCAAGAGAUCUUGAGAAAAGCAUGAAGGAAAAAAACCCGAAAUUCCGCAGACCUUCGGAAUUCAAUGAAGCUGGUGUUCAUGAUCAACAAUUUUUGAAAGUUGUGCAAAUGGCGAAAGAAGGAAAGACUGGAACAUUUGAGAACGCGAAAGAGCGUGCAACGACGAGACCAUGGGAUCCCAUCAAUGUUCAAUAUGUUUCGGAUGUCCUCCAGAACACUUACAGUAAGAAUACGGACGACGACAAUCUUUCGUACCAAAGAGAACUCGAUUUUGUCAUUCAUGAAGAUAACAAUGUGCGAUCCUUGGAAUAUUCUUCCUCGACUGCAGCUUCUACCCUCUUCUUGGUCUUCGCGAUUAUCCUUUUGCUGUGCUGA